CGGCUUCAGAGCGCAGCAUGCAUUGAAUAUGUACGCACAGCCCCAAUGUACGAACGAGCUCCGCCGUACCUUGCCGCAAGGACGCGUCUUAGGACCCUGCUUUAAAACGCAAUCGACCAGCAUCGACCCCCCGUACAUCGCAGCCACUUUGUAACGAAAGAUGACGAAAGGGGCUCAUACCCGAUCGAAUUUCGAGAUCUUCGAUCGGACCUUGACCAUGGUAUCAGUAGCGUUGGUGUGCGUAUGGCGGGUGAUCGUACCCUUCCUCAAGUUGGCCGUUAAGCCGAAGUGCGCUCCACUUCCACAAGGUAUAUCAUAUAUCACACAUCUCGCGUCUUUCGCUUCACUGUCACUCAGCGGCGUCCCAUCUUUCUUCCUGAACUCGCUGACUUGUCGUAUCCUCUUGAGACUUGAUGCGGCUCCUAUUGUUGUUUCGACGCUUGUCGCAUAAAGCCACUCUCCAUAUGAAACGUCGGAUCAUCUUCUAGCAACCUUCCCCGUUGACGGCAUUGAGACAUAGCCAAUGCGCUCACAGGCGGGACAUCGAUCGAGCCCAUAUGGAGGACCGUAGCUGAGCGUGAAAUGACCACGCC